AUAUUCUGUAACCCACAGAAACAGAAGAGAGAAAGAGAGAGAUGGAGACGACAACUUAUAGAAGUGAAGGAGAGGCAGGAGAGGGGAUGAGGAUGCAGCAGGAGCAGGCAAUGGUGGAGGUGGAGAAGAAGCAGAUGAAGGUGAUGGUGGCUAUCGAUGAGAGCGAAGAGAGCUUCCAUGCUCUCAAGUGGGCUCUCGAUCACCUCUUCUUCUUCAUGCCUUCUUCCUCUUCUUCUGCAGGUGGUGUGGCAGCAGCUGAGGCCGAGCUGACCCAGAAUCAAGAACAUGGCAUGGUUAUCCUCGUACACGUCCAGCAGCCUUUCCACUACUAUAUCGCCCCCGCCGGUCCAGUUGAUUAUGCAACACCUUUAGUAUUGGAGUCAGUAAGGAAAUCCCAAGAAGAGAACUCCACGAUACUAAUGGCUCGUGCAUUGAAAUUGUGCAAGGAGAGGCAGGUAAGAGCUGAAGCCAUGAUUCUUAAUGGCGAACCCAAGGAAAUGAUUUGUGAGGCUACAGAGCAGAUUAAUCCUACUAUCCUAGUAGUUGGAAGCCGAUGCCUUAGCAAGAUCAAGAGGGCAUUUCUAGGAAGUGUUAGUGACUAUUGUGCACAUCAUGCUAAAUGCCCUAUUCUCAUUGUGAAGCCCCAAAAGUGAAGACUCUAGUUAUAGUAGGCUUGAGUUUGUGAUGUUUUGAAGGGAAGUAGUAGUCUAUCCUAUUAUUAAUGAUGACUGGAUCUUUUAAUUGGCUUGAGAAUAUGCAAAAAUCUCUCCUUGGUAUUGCUGUAAUUAGGAUCCUCACUAUUCCAAUUGAUAUUUUGUAUCUUAACCACGAUUAGCAUAUGCUAUAAAUACCACUCAAGAAGCAAGGUACAAAGUUA